GUCGUCAAUGGGAAGGGAACGCCGCGUUGGAAAAAAGCGCACAGUGUUUAGCCAACUUUGAACUGCACCAUGGUUUGCGCUUCAGUUUCGUGUUUGUGGACUAUAUUUUGCCUUCAUUUAUGUUUUUAUGUGAACACUGGAAUAGCACAGAACACACGAGAGGUGAUCCUGUUGGAUUCAAAGGCGCAGCAGACAGAGCUGGAAUGGAUAUCGUCUCCUCCGAGCGGGUGGGAAGAGAUAAGUGGUUUGGAUGAAAACUACACACCCAUUCGCACAUACCAGGUCUGCCAGGUCAUGGAACCAAAUCAGAACAACUGGCUACGGACUAACUGGAUUGAAAAGGGCGAUGCCCAGAGGAUUUUUGUAGAGCUGAAGUUUACCUUGAGGGAUUGUAACAGCCUUCCAGGGGUGGUUGGCUCUUGCAAGGAGACGUUCAACUUGUACUACCAAGAAACUGACGUGGAGGUGGGCAGGAAUAUAAGGGAAAGUCAGUAUGUGAAAAUUGACACUAUAGCUGCGGACGAGAGUUUUACUCAGGGUGACCUGGGGGAAAGAAAGAUGAAGCUGAACACGGAGGUGCGUAUAAUCGGGCCUCUCUCCCGCAGAGGCUUCUACCUGGCCUUUCAGGAUGUAGGGGCCUGCAUCGCUUUGGUCUCCGUCAAAGUUUAUUACAAGAAGUGUUGGUCGAUUAUUGAGAACCUGGCCACCUUCCCAGAUACAGUGACAGGGUCAGAAUUUUCAUCUCUGGUGGAAGUGGAGGGGACGUGCGUCAGCGACGCCGAAGAAGAGGCUGACAAUUCUCCCAAAAUGCAUUGCAGUGCAGAAGGAGAGUGGCUGGUACCCAUUGGGAAAUGUAUAUGCAAAGCCGGAUUUCACCAGAAGGGAGAUGCAUGUGAACCCUGUGGUCGUGGAUUCUACAAGUCUUCAUCUCAGGAUCUUCAGUGUUCCCGGUGUCCCGCACACAGUUAUAACGACAGAGAGGGCUCGUGGAGGUGUGAUUGCGAGGACGGCUACUACAGAGCCCUCUCCGAUCCUCCUUCAGUCGCCUGCACUAGGCCACCAUCAGCUCCUCAGAACCUGCUUUACAACAUUAACCACACCACCGUGAGCCUGGAGUGGACCCCGCCGGCCGACACGGGCGGCCGCAAUGACGUUACCUACCGGAUUAUAUGCCGCCGCUGCACAUGGGAGCCCGAGGAGUGCUUUCCAUGCGGGAGCAACGUUGCUUAUUUUCCACAGCAGAGUGGAUUAACGGACACCUACGUCACCAUCACCGACCUGUUAGCCCACGCAAACUACACCUUCGAGGUCGAGGCUGUGAACGGCGUGUCUGACCUAAGCCGGACCCAGCGACUGUUUGCUGCCGUCAGCAUCGCCACCAGCCAAGCAGCACCGUCUCAAGUGAGCGAGGUGAUAAAGGAGCGAGUACAGCAACACAGCGUUCAGCUCUCCUGGCAGGAACCAGAGCAGCCCAACGGCGUCAUCACCGAAUAUGAGAUCAAGUACUAUGAGAAAAACCAGAAGGAUCGCAUUUACUCCACGGUGAAGUCAAAGUUCACUUCGGCCACAGUCAAUAAUCUGAAACCCAGCACAGCGUACAUCUUUCAGAUCCGGGCGUUCACGGCUGCCGGGUACGGCACCUUCGGUCCUAGACUGGAGGUCACCACCAAAGAAGACUCAGCUGGAUCUGGUGAGAAAAGCACUACAGUUAUAUCGAGCGAGCAGAAUCCGGUCAUCAUCAUCGCCGUGGUUGCCGUGGCCGGCACCAUCAUCCUGGUCUUCAUGGUAUUCGGUUUCAUCAUAGGGAGAAGGUACGCUCUCGCGGCCCCCAUUGACUCUCCACUACUACACUGUGGCUACAGUAAGGCAGAUCAGGAAGGAGACGAAGAGCUUUACUUUCAAUUUAAAUUUCCAGGCACCAAAACCUACAUCGACCCUGAAACAUACGAGGACCCGAACCGGGCUGUCCAUCAGUUUGCCAAGGAGCUAGAUGCAUCUUGCAUUAAGAUCGAGCGGGUUAUCGGCGCAGGAGAGUUCGGAGAGGUGUGCAGCGGACGGCUGAAGCUGCCCGGAAAGAGGGACGUCUCCGUGGCUAUUAAAACGCUGAAAGUAGGCUACACCGAGAAACAGAGGCGGGAGUUCCUGUGCGAGGCCAGCAUAAUGGGACAGUUCGAUCAUCCGAAUGUGGUUCAUCUCGAGGGCGUGGUCACCAGAGGAAAACCAGUCAUGAUAAUAAUUGAAUACAUGGAAAACGGCUCAUUAGACGCCUUCCUCAGGAAGCAUGACGGGCAGUUCACCGUCAUCCAACUGGUGGGAAUUCUGCGCGGCAUUGCGGCGGGGAUGAGGUACCUCUCCGACAUGGGCUACGUCCAUCGCGAUCUGGCGGCGCGGAACAUCCUCGUCAACAGCAAUCUCGUAUGUAAAGUGUCCGACUUCGGCCUGUCCAGAGUGAUUGACGACGAUCCCGAGGCUGUCUACACAACGACGGGGGGCAAGAUCCCAGUUCGGUGGACAGCAAUGGAAGCCAUCCAAUACCGUAAAUUCACAUCAGCCAGCGAUGUGUGGAGCUACGGGAUUGUCAUGUGGGAGGUCAUGUCCUAUGGAGAACGACCUUACUGGGACAUGUCCAACCAGGAUGUCAUAAAGGCUAUAGAGGAGGGAUAUCGUCUUCCAGCCCCCAUGGACUGCCCUCCUGGCCUCCAUCAGCUCAUGCUCGACUGCUGGCAGAAAGACAGAGCCGACCGACCCAAGUUUGACCAGAUCGUAGGCAUCCUUGACAAAAUGAUCCGCAAUCCCAACACUUUAAAAACGCCGAUGGGGACGUGUACACGACCCAUAAGCCCACUGCUUGACCAGAACACUCCAGAUUUCGCGUCCUUCCGACUGGUCAGCGAGUGGUUGGAAGCCAUCAAGAUGGAGAGAUACGUGGACAACUUCACAGCUGCCGGAUACAGCUCUCUGGAAUGCGUCGCUAGAAUGACCAUCGAGGAUGUAAUGAGUUUGGGAAUCUCCUUGGUGGGCCAUCAGAAGAAGAUCAUGAGCAGUAUACAGACUAUGAGAGCCCAGAUGUUUCAUCUUCACGGCACGGGCAUUCAGGUGUAAUGGGCGUGGACGGCCCGUCCCCCGGCCCGCUCCGACCAAUCGGAACUCAGCAGCACCGCAGAGCGCGUGAACGGUGAUAAUCACAGGAAAAAAACACUAGAAGACAAAUCGACGACAAAGUAAACACUUGCCGCUUCCUUCCGGGUGCGAUUAACCUUCCAGAACUGACAGAACAGAAUCAUUCCUUAGUUUUUGGCGAAUGAUUUUUGGCGAGGGUGCUGGAAACCGAGAAACGGAGAGGACACAGCAGACAGACAAAGGAGAAUCCUACAUGAACUCUGAAAGCUCCAAAGAACUCGCAUUACUUUGAGACAGAGCGUUUGAGGGGAUUUUUAAGCUUUGUACGGACUGUCCUUACUUCACCGUCACAAACGUUUGCGAAUUUGCUCAUAGUUGAUAUAGAUUUCACUGAUUUCUGUUUUUUUUAUAUCGAAAAGGGUGAAUAUAAAAAUAAGCAAGUCUAAUUCUUAUAGAUAAUAUCUGAAGUGAAUUUGGAGAGAUUUUCAUUGUUUUGGAAUAACCACAUUUGGACGAUGUGGUUCAUUUCGUAUCAGCUUGUAUUUUUUGGAUUGCGUUACGGACUUGACAACAGGGUAAAAUGUCUCAUCGGAGGGAAAAGAGACCCAACCAGAGGCUCAAAGUCAGCCGAGGAGGUUUUAGCACUAUUUACAUGAAGCUCUCUCCAGACUGAAUUGCAUCGGCUGUGAGUCCAUCUGACCUGCAGUAGUCUUUUAUAUUGAAUGAAAAUAUCCCACUGUUUUUUACACAUACGGUUAUAUGAAGCUCCCGAGGGUGUUUUUUUCCCACUGGUUGCAUUUAGGAAUAGUUUGAGCGGACGGUUUAUUUUACGGUCCUACAUGACAAUUCAGAUGUGAAUUAGUACAAAGACAAUUGAGAACCACUUCAGGUGGGUUUUUUAAAGUGUAAGAACAACUAUUACAGUGGCAAUAUUCUUUCUAAGUUUAUAUGUACCACAUGAAUGGAGUUGAUCUUAUCAGUGCUGUUGUUGAAUGUGUCCUUUUUAAUAUUGAUAUUAUUUACCAUAAAUACAAGUUUCCAUAAAGAGAAAAGCAAGCAAAAAAAUGCGGCUGUUUUAAUCUAGAAACAAAAUCUGUUUCGGCAAGAAGUAUUUCGUUUUUGUUAAAUAUCGGUUGUAUUCCUUGUGACUGACUGACUUCAUUGUUGUGGUGUAAAGGAGUGAUACUGCCUUAAAAAAGUCAACUAUCGCUCUUAUUUUUAGGUAUUAGGAUUUUUUGUGAGAUCAUAGCUGAGUUGGGGAGAGACUGACCAAUAUGAGCAAUAAUUACUCAAGGCUGAGACAUUUAAGAUGCUAUAUAGACUUUUAUUAUGUACUGCUUGAAAGCCACUUAACAACGGCAGUACUGUAUAAUUUAAUAAGUUGUUCUUAUGAGGUUAAAUGUUUAUAUGUUCUCCUCACGUUUCUUCCGCCUCCCUGAUGUUCUGAGCUCAAGAGGUUUAAUCUUUUCUUUUAGUGCCAUAACUGCCUUUCACCUUAACAAAUGAGCGUUGAAUUGCGUCCAGAGCAUUAAGAGCUCAUUCAUUUGCAUUUUACUUUACAAAACACUUGUAUAAUCUUUUUACUCAGCUUGGAGCACUAAGGUAUUUUAUUUAUUUUGAAAUCAGGAUUGUGUGUCUUUUGAAAUGUUCACAACACAGUGGAAUUCUCAUUAUUUUGCCCCGUGAUUAACAGCUGUGCAAAUCUACCGUGUUAUUCUCGACUGUAAGAAGACACAGCGUCACUAGAGGAUUUAUGUGAAUGUUUGGCUAUUUUCAUUUUACGCCAUCGCGAGCCAGCGUAAAGGCCCGAACCCAGCUGGUUCGCGUGUGCCUAUGUGUGUGCGCGCACGUCCCCCGUGGAUCAUAUCACGCCCUGGUCAGGGGCCCGUCUACCAUCCGCUGUAUCUCGCAAACCUCAGCACUGAGCCCGUGCCAGGCCUUUGAAUUGAACGCAAGCGGAAAGGCUCUUGGUCAGCACAAACCUCCCGAGCUUCAGCGGUUGCUGCAGUCGCUCAGUUCACUCUCCCCACGCUCUGAUCUCACACUCCGGGGCCCCUCGCGGGCUCUUACCCUCUCCGUAUGGAUCCGGGGCCCCGGGAGUGACAGCAAUUUGAGCCAAUUUGAGAUUAUCGCCUGGAUUCAAUCAAUCCCGCGUUGAGGCCAUCGUACGGGUCAAUGACAAAUCUGUCCAUUUUUCUUCUUAUAGGCGCUUCGUGCUAUUUCAGACUUUUUUGGUAGCGAAGGUUUUGUCAUGACAGUCGGUGAUGUGGAUAGAUUGAGUUCACGGUGCACCAGGGUAUCCUGUUAUGAAGUUGAAGAGAAAGACGUAUAGAGAGACCCCACCUAGAGAAAAAUGAAAUGGAAUAUUCCAAAGAGUUCAGCACUGUUGAUUGUGUCGGAGAAAUCACGAAACCAGAGGACAAUUUGUGUAUGUUCUAACUGUAAAACUUGUAUAUUUUAUUUAUAAUUGCCGUUUCUUUUUUCACUCAAGUACUCUGUAGUGAGCUCAUUGAAAAUGCACUAUAUUUUUCUAUCUCACACGCAGCUGAUUAUUGUUACCCUCACUAUUUCAGUUGUACAUAAUUUCUCAUUUAGGACCAAAGAGAGUUAAUAGGUUUCCAUUUUCGAAUGAUCUUUUCGCUUUACGGUUUUCUCUUUAGGUUAAAAAUGUACAGUUGAAAUUGAAUUGUCGAUUUAUUAUUUAUUUUUCUGUGGCAAGAGAACGGAGAGUAUUCAUUGGUCAAAAAAGUAUUUUCCCCAGCUGAGAAACUGUAUGGUCAUACCUAGACGAUUUCUUGUUACAUAGACCUCUUUUACCUUUUUUUUUUGCUUUGUAACCUUUGUAAUAGACUGUACAUAUAUUUUUGGAAAUAUAAUGCAAUCUCUA